AUGGCCGGCCAAACUUCGUCCAUCGGCCUGCCGCCCCGGAACGGCGAUGUCUCGCGGCGCUUGCGUCGGGACAGCCAAGCUGUCUCUUUCCCGGAACUUACGUCCAUAGACACGGAAUACGACUCGAGCGAUGUCGAGUUGCAGCCGAACCCAAUGUCGCGCCAGUUCCGCGAGAGAGAGAGCGAAGAUGAAGACAACUCCAUCUACCCCGAAGUCCGCGCUGCUGUGCCCGCCUCUGACGAAGACGUGCCCAUCAACACCGUGCGCGCCUGGAUGCUCGGCAUCAUCUCCACCGUUGUGAGCGCCGGCUUCACACAGCUGUUCGGCCUGCACGACCCUCCUCUCGCCAUGUCGCCGUAUGUGCUCAUCCUGGCAGCUUUCCCCAUCGGCAGCUUUCUCGCACGGUACACACCUCGUUGGGAAUGGACGCUGCUGGGCCGCCGUCUCGAGUCAAACCCCGGCCCUUUCAGCACCAAGGAACACACCAUCAUCGCCAUCAUGGCUAUUGGCAGCGCCGGCUUCAACCACGGUGCCCUGGCCACAUACGUGUGGACGGCCAUGGAGACCAAUCUCGGAUUCGACAACCUCUCGCUCGGCUUCAAGCUGCUCUUCUUUCUGACGACGCAGAGCCUAGGAUUCGGACUCGCCGGCAUCUUCCAGAAGCUCAUCGUCGACCCACCCUACUGCAUGUGGCCUGCCAUCCUGCCUAUGCCGGCGCUGAUUCACAGUCUGCAUAGAACCCCGCCCACGAGGAUGGGCAAACGCCCCCAACACACCGGAAGUCCCGGCACUGCCAUCAAGCAUGUCGCCCGACACAAUGCUUUUACUUCCUGGACGAUCAGUCCUCUUCGCUUCUUCUGGGUCGCCUUCGGCGCCAUCUCCGUCUGGCAUCUCGUGCCUGGCUUCUUUUUCACAAGCAUUACUUACUUUUCCUGGGUCACCUGGAUUCGUCCUAACGACGUCCUCGUCAACCAGCUGUUUGGCGCGCGCUCCGGCAUGGAUCUAUUGCCCUUGGCCCUCAGCUGGAGCCAGGUCACGGCCUAUCAGAGCCCGCCACAGGCAACGUCGAUCCGUACAGUCAGCAACGUCCUCGGGGGCGCCGUGCUCUUCUUGUGGAUUAUCGGCCCAGCGUUGCACUUUUCCAAUGUCUGGUACGGCCAUUAUCUGCCCUUCUCUUCGUCGUCCAUCUUUGACAACACGGGCAAGGUGUACGACACCAGCCGCGUCGUCAACUCGCCCGCCACAGGCGACCACUCCUUCAACUCCACGGCAUAUUUCGAAUACUCGCCUGUCUAUCUGUCCACAACGUCGGCUAUCUCGUACGGCCUUGGUUUUGGCGCAGUUUCAUCGGUCAUCGUGCAUGCGGCUCUGAACUUCCGCGAUGAGAUCUGGGACGGCUUAUGGGCAACAUUCACACGCAACGAGGUGCCGUCAGCCCGGCACGACAUACACGGAAGGCUCAUGAGAAAAUACCCACGCAUCCCCCUUUGGUGGUAUUUGAUAGCCCUCGCUGUGGCCGUAGGCCUGUCUAUUUUCUUCGUAGAGUACUACCAGACCGGUGUGUCGUGGUGGGGCGUGUUACUGAGUGUGUCCAUUAACUUGAUCCUGUUCGCACCCAUCGCCAUCCUCGAUGCUACCUGCAACCAAAACCUGUCGACGGACGCCGUGUCCAGCCUCCUUGGCGGCUACCUAUGGCCGAGUAACAUGGUGGCGUCCGUCGUAUUCCGCUGUCUCAGCUUCAACGCCAUAGGCUCGGGCCUUUACCUAGCACGAAACCGCAAACUGGGCCACUACAUGAAGGUGCCGCCGCGAGUCGUAUUCUGUGCACAAUCCCUUGGUAUUAUCAUCAACUGGCUGGUACAAACCGGUGUGAACGUGCUGGCAUUUGCCUGUCCUCUCAGCGCGACAUACGAGUCGAGCAUGGUCUUCUGGGGCCUGAUCAGUCCCCAGCGUCUCUUCUCACGCGGUGCCACGUACGCCCCCAUGCUGUGGUUCUUUCCCAUCGGCGCGGCUCUGCCGUUGCUGUUUUAUGGAGCAAGCCGUGUGAGAAUUCCAACGUCAGCGGCAUCGAAAUCGACCUCGCAGAUUUUUGAGCCGACGAAGCCACCCCUCCGUCGUCUCCGCUUUGUCAAUAUUCCCCUCAUUCUCUCCAGCAUUGGCAAUGUCCCCCCUGCCACUGCCAGCAACUACAUGACCUGGGGCAUCAUCGGCAUCUUCUUCCAGUGGUUUCUGCGUAAGCGUCACUUUGCUUGGUGGCAUCGUUAUAAUUUUCUUCUUGCGGCCGCUCUUGAAGGCGGCCUGGCGCUGUCGAGCUUGUUCAUCUUUCUUGCAUUUUCAUACCCAGGCGUCGUCUUAACCUGGUGGGGAAACACGGUGGAAUCAACAACUGCCGAUUAUGCAGGGACGCCGCUUGCAAAAGUAUCUGCAGGCCAGAUAUUCGGGCCAUCUGCGUGGUCAUGA